AUGACGGACUCUAGCAACACCAAAACGCUUGAAGCCAAGUGCUCGUGUGGUUCUGUCCACUUCACCGUCGACAUUCCCAAAACAUCACUACCUUUCCGUGUUCACCUCUGCCACUGCAGCUUGUGCCGGUUUACUCUUGGCUUGCCAUGCGUCUUUCACACUCACCUGCCCAUGGGCAUCAGACCCAAGUUCGUGGGGCCAUCGUCUGAGGCAAACAUGACACACUACGUCGUUCCCGAGUCUAGGGGAAGUGUGAGCUUUUGCUCCACUUGCGGGUGUCACAUUGCCUGUAUUGGACUCGAAAAGGGCAAUUGGGUGCCUGCGACGUCCAUUUUCACAGACCAUGGACCAGAGAACUUCCAGAUUGGGAUGCACAUCUACACCAAAUCCGUCAAGGACGAAGGCAUCUCCAAAAUGUUGACCCACAUCGGGGGCCGUGAAUUUGGUGUCUAUAACCCACCCGAGGAUAGUCCCAAGGCCAAGCUCCUCGAAUCCGAACCUGAGGUUGGGGAAGACGGCAAGGAUCGCAUGCGCGCGCAAUGUCACUGUGGUGGCGUGUCUUUCACAUUUCCACGACCGACUGAGGAGGUCAUCAACGACGAGUACAUGUCCAAGUAUGUCUCCCACUUGGACAAGACGAAAUGGCAUGCGUGCUUUGAUGCCUGCGACGACUGUCGCCGUGUCAAUGGAACUCAUGUGGUUGGAUGGACAUUUAUUCCGCUUGCCCUUUGCGAACCGCCCAUCAAACCGGACCUUUUGAUCGGGACUGCCAAGACCUAUCAGUCGUCGCCUGAUGUGCUGCGAUCAUUCUGCGGCACAUGCGGUGCGACAUUCUUCUACUCGAUCGAAGAACGACGCCCGACAGACAGACAGCAAGUGGUCGAUCUCUCAACAGGCGUCCUGCGAGCCCCUGAGGGUGGCAUGGCGGAGAACUGGCUCACCUGGCGAGCUAGGCUGGCGUGGUUGGGCAGUGGGAAGAGGUUCGACAACGCAUUCACAGAAGCGCUACAGGAGGGAAUGAACAAAUAUGUUUUGGAGAAGGAAGGGAGAAUUGAGGAUUACAACAUCGGGUGA